AUGGUACCAUAUUUCAUUAAAUCGAAGCUGCUGUGCAUUGUCAGAUACAUCCUGAUUGUAGAGAUGUUAAUAUGCAUCUUAGACUUGGUGAAAUACAGCACAAGAGUUUUCCUUUUUAAAUUCCAGAUUACUGUCUUGGACGCAAAACGGAGCAUGAACAUUGGGAUAUUUCUUAAGCAAUUUAAGAAGUCUCCUCAGUCCAUUGUCGAAGAUAUUCAUCAAGGAAAGAGUGAACAUUACGGAUCAGAGACCUUGCGAGAAUUUCUUAAGCUUUUGCCGGAGUCAGAGGAGAUAAAGAAAUUGAAAACAUUUAGUGGAGAUGUGUCCAAGCUGUCCCUGGCAGACUCCUUUCUACACUACUUGAUUCAGGUGCCAAACUAUUCACUUCGGAUUGAAGCCAUGGUGCUAAAGAAGGAAUUUUUACCUUCUUGUUCUUCUCUGUACACAGACAUAACAAUUCUGAGAACUGCUACAAAAGAGCUGAUGUUGUGUGAGGAGCUACAUUCAAUAUUACACUUGGUGCUACAGGCGGGGAAUAUCAUGAAUGCAGGAGGGUAUGCUGGCAAUGCAGUAGGAUUUAAACUGUCUUCUUUGCUCAAAUUGGCAGACACAAAAGCAAACAAACCUGGGAUGAAUCUUCUGCACUUUGUUGCACAGGAAGCCCAAAAGAAAGAUGCCAUUCUUCUAAACUUUUCUGAAAAAUUGCAUCACGUUCAGGAGGCUGCUAGAUUAUCUCUGGAUAACACGGAGGCAGAACUGCACUCGCUCUUUAACAGGACGAGAUCUCUGAGGGAAAACAUUCAGCGGGAUGGUGAACUUUGUCAGCAGAUGGAAGAUUUCCUUCAGUUUGCUGUGGAAAAGCUGACAGAACUGGAGCGCUGGAAACAAGAGCUCCAGGACGAGGCCCACACCCUUAUAGAUUUUUUCUGCGAAGACAAAGAAACCAUGAAACUGGACGAGUGCCUUCAGAUAUUUAGAGACUUCUGUAUCAAAUUCAACAAAGCCGUUCAGGACAACCACGACCGGGCGGUGCAGGAGCUGAGGCGGCUGCAGAGGCUGAAGGAGCUGGAGCAGAAGCGUCGCUCCCGGGCAGCUGGGGAGCUUGGGGGAUUCUGCCGGAGCAGCAGUGAGAAUGACGUGGAGCAGCUGACCAAGAAGGGCGUGGAGGACCUGCCGCCCUUCCUGCAGCCCCGGCCUGUCAGCCCUUCCUACCGACCUCCUAACACCCGGCGCUCCCGCCUUUCCCUGGGCGCUUUCGCCGACCGGGAGCUGCUGACCUUCCUGGAGAGUUCCACCGGCAGCCCCGAGGAGCCCAGCAAAUUCAACAGCUUGCCCCGGAGCAGCCCGCGGCAGGCCCGGCCCACGCUGGCCUGGAUGGAGCCUGGGGACCCGAGAGCCCAGGACCCCAGCCGAGCACAUAGACCUCAGGCCUCAGAGGGCCAGGUGGGGGCCUCCGAGCCACCCUCAUCUUGGCAGAGCCAGCAGCUCCCGGCCCCCAGGCCUGAGGACCCUAUGCCCCCCUUCCCCCGAGUUCGGCGCAGUGGGGUGGGCAUCCUCCGAAAGAGGAAUAGCGAGCCUGUGGGCUUGGGCCCGGCCCGGUCCCCUCCACUCUCGCCAUUGGCUCUGGGGAUUAAGGAGCACGAGCUGGUGACAGGGCUGGCUCAGUUCGACCUCCAGGGAUCCAAGGGCCCAGAGGAGGCGCCCCGGUUGACCCUGAAUAAUGACCUCAGCCCCAUGGAGCCGGUGUCUCUGGGGGAUGGGAGCGUGCAGUCCCUCGGUGCCAGCCACGGCGGCCCGAUGCCUGUGGGCACAGGGGCCCGGGGCGGUCUCAGCCCAGCCCUGGAGGGGGACGGGGCUGCCCCUGAGGAACCCAGUGGCAAGGCUCUAGUAUCUGUGGGCAGCAGCGACCAUGAGAGCAAAGACCCCGGGCCUCUGUUCUACAUCUCCGACGCCACCGACUGCUCGCUGACCCUGGACUGCUCGGAGCUGGGGGAGGGGGGCGGGGGGGAUGGCUCCCUGUCCUCUGGGGCUGGGGAGACAGGCAGCCAGGUCUCCUCUCACCCCACUUCCAGCCCCCUUGGGGAGGCUUCUGCUCCAGUCUCUGGGAAGAGCCAGCCCUCCUGCAAGGACAGCCUUCCUCGGGACAGACCCGCCAAAGGGAAGGAUGCGACAGCACCGAAGAGAAGCGCCCUCAAGGAGGCGUCGCAGGGGGCCUCCAAGCCCGCCACUGUCCGGCGGAGCCAGGGGGCGGCGCCCAAGCCCGUGCGGACCUUGACCGCCUCCGAGAGUGAGAGCAUGCGCAAAGUCGUGCCCAUCUCCAGAAGCCGGGGCUCGGUGGGCUGGAAGCGGCCCCCUCGGGAGACCCCCAGCGGCACAGACGCGCCGUGGUCGCGCCGGAGCUCCGUGCGGGGGACCUCGGACGUGUCGCCCAAGCAGUCCUCAACGGGGGCUGUGGCGGGGGCCACGGUGGCGGAGGAGCAGAGGCUGGGUAGGGUAAGCGGCGGCUCCGGCAGCGCCAGGUCAGGGAAGGAGCCCCCCCUGCAGCAGAGGGGCUCUCUCAAGAAGCCCAGCGCCAAGCCUCUCAGGAACGUCCCCAGACAGAAGCCCGAUGAAAACAAGAUCUGCCGCUCCAACUCCCAGGACCCUGAGAGCCCUGAAGAGGAGCCCAAGGCCCCGCCGGCCCCCAGCGUCCCCCGUGUCCCGCCUCCCGUGCCGAGCUUUGCCCGAAACACAGUUGCCUCCUCCUCUCGGUUCACGAGAACAGAUUCCUCUCCUGUGGCCAAAGCCCCCGGCAUCACUCGGACUGUUUCCCAGCGUCAGCUGAGGCCGAAGGGUGGCCCCGAGGAUGCUGCCCCCAAGGACAGCAGCACCCUGCGGCGGGCCAGUAGCGCCCGGACCCCCCAAAAGUGUCCAGAGUCUGCUGGGGCUUCCAGUGCCAACACAGAGGCCCCUGUGAAGGGCCGAGGGGCUGGGGAAAGGGCCUCCCUCAGACUGAAAAACUCCGAUCGGACCACGCUAGGGAAAAUGCUCGAUCCCUUACGGAAGUGAAGUCAGAUUGUGAGGACUGACUCCUGUGAAGAAGGGCCAGCUCCGAAUGUCUGUUCCGCAUAAAGUGGUCCACGGGUGCCCCACUAAUGCUCAACGUCACUGAAGGUGCCCGUGCGGAAGGCCUGUGGACUGUCCCCUGCUGAGCUGACAACUACUGUAAAGUCCCAAGUCUGGGCGGAUGCCUCCCUCGCACACCCUGGAGGAACCCCCUCCCAAAGCAGAGACCCCACAAAAAUGCAGAUGUGCAAGCUGACAGUCUUACCUACGGAGUUAAAAAAAACAAAAGAAUUUUGGCCAGUUUUUAUAUGUCAAACUUAUUUUUCAAUAUUACACAAAUUAAGUAGUUUGUUCCUUUUGCAGAAUGAAAUGCCUCCCAGGAAAAGGAGACAAAACCCUUAACCUGAAGACUUUAUUUUCCUGUGUUCCCUGGCCUCAUGGUUCCACCUGCCCACACACCGGCCAUUGCUGGCAACUGGACUUCUGCGCAAGCCCUGGGUGUUCUGUGAUUGGCACCGUCUCCUUGAAGGCUCUGCCUCGCUCAUCUCUCUCUGCGUGACUUUGGGUGAGGGUUAGCGUGUGGGCAGGAGGGAAGGUGAGAUUGGUGGAUGGAAAUUGGACGCUCUUGUGUGUUCAGGCACAGACGGACAGCAGGCCCUGGCAAAAUGCUGCAUCUUCCCAAACUUAGAAGUGCCAUCUCUUAAUGGAAAGGCAUCAGGGGUUCUUCAGCUGAGCACAUCUUCCCCUUCCGUGUUUGCCCAUUUGCGUGUCUGUUGUGAAACAGAGUGAAGGCUGCUAUGACUUGGGUUCACUCUAGUUACAGGGAAGAAUAAACCCUUCUGUCUCCCAGUCUUCUCCCUCCCUUCUCUCUCUCUGCCUACAGCCAGCCCUUCUCUUGCUAACCCGACUUGGAGCCUGGAGAGUCUGUAUAUCUGUGUCACUGAGGAUACAUCUCUUCUUUGGUACAGUGGUCUUUAAAUCCCGACAAAAACCAAAUCAAGUUUUUAAAAACAGACCAAAGAAACAAAAACAAAAACUCAACCCUGCUUUCAGAAGAAUUUAUAUCAUCAGGAAAAUUUGGAAAGAAUAGGCUUUAUUCAAAAGAAAGGAGAAAACACAUACUGUUUCUACUCACUGCCCAUUUCACGACUUCCUUUUGAGACUAAUUAGGAAAUGAGGGGGUUCUUGAAACUUUCUUGUUAAAGUUGCUGCCUGCCUUUUUUCACUUUCGGUCACUUACUGAAACCUGAGUGAAACCUUAUUUUAGUACCAACAGUGGUAGAUGAAUUUCAGCAAAUCCCCGUGGUUGAUGUUACAGUCUUCCUCCUGUAGAAUGUUGCCUUCCAUCCAAAUUAAUUGGAAACUCUGAGCUUCCAUAAGUCAGCUAAAUCAAAACGGUAAACUUUAUGGUAAAAGAAGUAAGGCACUUGACCGCAAAACCUCUUAUAAAAAUGGCCUUGGGUAGAUAUUUUCUGGGCCCCACAAAGAUGGUUAUGGGAAUCCUGCACUGUUUUUCACCAUCUCAAAAAGCCUAAGAAAUCAUAUAUUUAACCAUGCAGACGACAAUGUUGAAAACAUAGGGCCUAUGGGUGGGUGGAAAUGGAUGAAAGCGGUCAAAAGUUGGUGGAUAAUGGGGCGCCUGGGUGGCUCAGUCGGUUAAGCAUCUGACUCGUGAUUUUGGCUCAGGUCGUGAUCUC